AUGGCCGAACCUGUGCCGCCCCCGCCCGCGGAACCGAAAGCGGCUGAGGCCACGUCAUCAACCCCGCAGGAAAGUCGCAUUCGAGCCCAAUGGACUCGUCUCUCAUCAUCCCGAGUGGGCUCUGGCGUUCGAUUUGCUUAUAAUUGGAGAAGGCCACUACUCUUGGGAUUCAGCGCAAGUUUUUUUAUCAGUCGAUACUAUUAUGCGAAAUAUCAAAAGGCCAAAAGAGAUCACAUCAAUCCAGGUACUUAUUUAGUCUGGAGACUCUACGAUGGUGCAAUUGUCGAAUAUCCUUCGAACCAGACAAACUUGAGCAUGAUACUAGGGUCAAGUGGAGAUGGAACUGAACCACCUCGUGUCAUGACGCUUUACGACGCCAUCCGUACUCUCAAGUUCGCCGAAAAUGAUGAUCGAAUCAUCGGAAUUAUUGCUGACAUGUCGUCGACCAAUGCACCGUCAGUCAAUCAAGACAUUCCGCUAGGCCUGGCUCAAAUUGAAGAGUUACAGAACGCUCUGCUCGACUUGAAGAUCUCCAAAGACAGUAGUCUGGGUCCUGGGAAAUUCCGGACAGUCGCAUUCACUGAGACCUUCAGAAGCCAAGGUGAAUAUACAAUGGCUAGCGGGUUUGAUGAGAUUUACUGCCAGCCAACUGGCGAAAUACCUCUUGUCGGCAUUAACAGUACGGUUACAUUUUAUUCGAAGUUGCUCAAUUGGCUAGGGAUCAAGGUUCAUGCCGAAGCAAGAACAAAAUAUAAAUCCAUGGUAGCUCCAUAUACCCAAGAGGAAUUUUCGGAACCCCAAGCAGAUAAUCACCUCGAGCUUCUGAACGGUCUAAACACAAACAUGCUCACUAUGAUUGCGCUCAACCGAUUCGGAUCUGAAGUGCCCGAAGGAGGCGAAGAGUCCGAUUACGAUAAACUGGUCGAGCGUGUGAAGGGGUAUGCCAAGCGAGGGCCUUUGAUGGCGAAAGAGGCCGUUGAGCUUGGAUUACUCACUGGCACGAUGUACAAAGAGGAGCUGCUUUCGAAGGUCAUCCUAGGCGAGAACCCGCUCGUAUUGGACGAUACGGACCAGGAGAUACAUGGAAAAGAGAGGCAGACGAUUCUCAAGGAAGCUUUGAAGGCACAAACAAAAAGUUUUCAUCACUACCACAAAAUCAUGGAUCACCUAUCAGAACGAAACGAGGAGGGCGUCUUAAAUGUUGGUGUAGUUUAUGUCCUAGGUACAAUCGGUGAUAUGGGAGAGUUCGGUACGAGUGCUAUAGUCAAGGGCCUACACGAAGCUGCCGAAGACGAUUCGAUCGGCGCGGUUGUCCUACGGAUCGAUAGUGGGGGUGGGGGUGUAGUGGAAAGUGAUACGAUUUGGGGUGCUGUGAAAGAUCUGAAAGCAAAAGGAAAAGUAGUCAUUGCGAGUUUUGGAAACGCAGCUGCCAGUGGAGGAUACCUUAUUGCAACUCACGCCGACAGCAUAUUCGCAUCCCAAUCAACGAUCACUGGAUCAAUUGGAGUAGCUUCUCUUCGACCAACCGUAACGACGUCUUUCUUGGAUAGACUCAAACUGACCACACAGUCUUUCUUCACUGGCUCCAACGCGCUCUCACUAUAUCACGAGUUGGAAGGUGAACAAAUGGAAAGACACAAAGCACACAUUGAUGCCGCUUAUCAUGAUUUCAAAGAUCGAGUGUGCGAGGGUCGGAACAUCUCCCCCGAGCUAAUCGAAGUCCUUGCUGGAGGACGGGUGUACACGGGUAAAAGCAUGUGGGAAUUGAAUGAGAAGUUAAUGGCGGCGAUUGAUGAGCCUGAAGCUCCCAAAGAAAAUGCGGACAAAAAAUCACCGGCGAGCGAAAUCCUGACAGACACUCUCGAAGAAACACCUGAAACUGAUCAGCCUGACUCGCCUGAGGUAUCGACGAAACUCUCCUCUAAGGCUUCAAGUAACACUUCGACCACGCAGAUUAAUGAAGAGGCUAAGGCACUGCUCGAACCUCUGGGCACAAAACCCGAAGUUGCUGAAAAUUCCUCGCCGACCGGCCCACUUGGUCGCGGUAUUAUUGAUGGCAUCGGUGGUAUUAGAGAGGCUGCUGUUGAAGGAGCCGAGACAUAUCUGAACAGAUUAAUCGAACAAACAAGAGCAGAACAUCCGGAGAAGAGCCCGUCAGAAAUCAUGGAAGACGUAUUCCCCGGAGUAUCAUAUGUUACAGAUGAUAAUGGCGCAGCCAUGUUGGGCUUCGAUAUCCGAUUAAAGAAGUUCCCUGUUCACAAGACAUUUUGGCAACAAUUGACUGAGGCUUCAAAGCGAGAGGGAUCCGACAGCCCGGUUGCAUCAGUUUUCUCAUUGGUCAAGCAAUCCUUUGGGAAUUGGGUAGCUUCAACAGUCAUCAACCAAAUGGAGACAGAACUCAACAACUCCUUUCAGAUCAAACCAUCCCAGCUAAGCGAACUCAAACAUCUGACUCGCCUGCUUCGUCGCCAAAAUAAUGGUAGUGUAAUCGAAGCUUGCAUGCAUCCUUCUAGCUUUCAGUAG